AAAAAAAAAUGUUUUUGCCAAACCAUUUUUCACCGGACAUAGUCAUAGAGAUGUCCGCUCUAAAUCGGUUCUUCGUUUUUUCGUCUUCCUUGUUUUUCUCAGUGUCGCGCCUUGUACUACCCACUACCGAACCCUCUUAAGUUCUUAACAAACUUUUCCUUUUCUCUGUAGAUGCGAAGGUCUUUGUGGCUGGUCAGCUCUCAGCGCAAUAAAUUUGCUCGUUUCCAUGGCCGACGUCGCUUCUUGCAAUCCUCUCCAUUCUACAAGACCCACCAUUCGGGUUUUGGCAAGCUACAAAACUCAGCAGUUCACUCUUCACUUUCCAAUUUCCUUCCCAACUUCACCGGAGAAAAACCCUCCCGCCGGCAAUGACGCCGACCAGGAUUUUCGCUGGACUGUUCCUUCUCCUCGCCGUCUACUGCGCCGUCGACCCAUUCAAGCACAGCGCAAUCUCCGAUUUCCCCGAUUACGUGUCCCACCUCGUGGAGUUGCCGCCGUGGUCGCUGGUUCCCACCGAGAGAGACGAGCUGAACUCGCUGCAGAAGUCGGAAAUCAAGUUCCUGGGUCAAAUUCAAGGCCCCGAGAGCUUGACCUUCGACCCUCUUGGCCGCGGGCCUUACACUGGUAUCGCUGAUGGCAGAGUCGUGUUCUGGAAUGGCGAGAAAUUCGUUGACUUUGCUUACACUUCCGGCAAUAGGUCAGCAAUAUGUGACCCUAAGCCUUCCCCAUUGGGCUACUUGAAGAACGAGCACAUCUGUGGAAGGCCAUUGGGGAUCCGAUUCGAUAAGAAGACCGGUGAUUUGUACAUUGCAGAUGCGUAUUUCGGGCUGAUGAAGGUCGGACCUGAAGGUGGAGUAGCAACAUCGAUUGCUACCGAGGCAGAAGGAGUUCCAUUCGGGUUUACUAAUGAUCUAGACAUUGACCAAGAUGGCAACAUCUACUUCACUGACAGCAGUACCAAGUACCAGAGAAGGUAAAAUAAUACACCUUCAAUUUUUGAAGUUCAUCACUUUCUCUGAUUAACAGGCUCUUUUGCAUUAGAUAUCCAAGUAUACCGUUAGAAAAAGCAAGUGACUUUAUGUUUCGUGUUGUUCAAUAGCAAAAGCAAGUGACUUUGCUAGUGGCUAUUGAAUCAUCUUCUUGUUGUCCCCCCAUGAAAUGAUGCUUUUGGAAGUUAUGAUGUGUUUCAGGAACUUCAUGCUGCUGGUUUACUCAGCAGAAAACAGUGGGAGAGUUCUGAAGUACGAUCCGAUCACGAAGAAGGCCUCUGUCCUUGUGAGAAACCUUCAAUUCCCAAAUGGGGUGUCUCUAAGCAAAGAUGGCUCCUUCUUUGUCUUCUGCGAAGGAGCACUCGGCGUAUUGCACAGGUACUGGCUAAAAGGAGAGAAAGCCGGCACUUCAGAGAUACUGGCAGUUUUGCCUGGAUUUCCUGACAACGUCAGGACUAACAAAGACGGCGACUUCUGGGUUGCAAUCCACUGCAGAAGAUCCUACUACAUUAACCUAUGCGCCAAAUUCCCAGCUCUCAGGACAUUCCUGUUGAAGCUCCCGAUUUCAGCCAAGUUUCAUUUCCUACUUCACAUUGGAUGCAGACCACAUGCCUUGGUCGCCAAGUACAGCCCAGAAGGCAAGCUGCUGCAGGUUUUGGAGGACCGUCAAGGGAAAGUGGUGAAGGCGGUUAGCGAAGUGGAGGAACGAGACGGGAAGCUGUGGAUGGGGAGCGUGUUGAUGCCUUUCGUCGGAGUUUAUAGCUUGGACAAAAAUUCCUUUCUUCCCUGGCCCACUCCGAUCAUGGAUGAAGAAGAUUACAGUGAUUACAUGGACGACGAGGACGACGAUGAACCCAGUGAUUACAUCGAAGAGGACGACGAUGAACACAGUGAUUACAUCGAGGAGGAUGACGACGAUAGAAACACCAAAGCCGCCGCCGCCGCUUUCUCGACGCUCAGCAAAGUCGACAUCGAGCGGCGCCAGGAGGCUCUGAUCGCGGAGGUUUCCACCCUCCUCUCCGUCCCGAGAGCCGUGGCGAUCGCACUCCUCGUCGAAUUCAAGUGGGAUUCCGACCUGGCCCAGGAGAACUGGUUCUCCGACGAGGAGAAGAUGCGCCGCUCCUACGGCCUGACCGCGGAGGCGGCGGACGGUGGUGGUGGUGGGGUAGAGAGUCGUGACGAGUGUCAGAUCUGUUUCGAGAGAUUCGAAAUCGAGGAGCGAGCCUCGCUCUCCUGCGGCCAUUCCUUUUGCAGGAUCUGCUGGUCGAGGUACAUCGAGCUGAGCAUCGACGACGACGGCGCUGGAUGCCUGACUCUCCGGUGCCCGGAGCCCGAUUGCCCUGUCUUGGUCUGCCAAUCCGCCGUCGGAACCCUAGUCAGCGACGGCCGGUACGUGGAGAAAUACGCCAGGGUCCUCCGCCGGUCGUACAUCGAGGGGAAAAAGGGCCACAAGUGGUGCCCUGUAUGGAGAAAAUUUGCUAGGGAGAUGCAUCUUCACUGUCACUUGGAUCAUCAUCAGUAUCACCAUCCCCCCUUGCAGCUGAGGCCUGAUCAAAGGAAACAGUGUAAGUACCAAACUGGAAACCUCGAGCACCAGACAUUGUUGCUCCUGAGGCUGCUGAUCCACUUGCAGUUUCCUUUCCAUGGCUUGACUGGGGUGAUCGGGGAGAAGUCCAACUACGACGUCGUGUGCGAUUGCUCGCACCAAUUCUGCUGGAACUGCGCGGAGGACGCGCACCGCCCUUUGAAUUGCGCGACGGUGGAGAAGUGGAUCCGGAAGAACAGAUCCGAUUCGGAGAACGUGAAUUGGGUGCUGGCGAACACGAAGCCGUGCCCUAAGUGCCGCCAGCCGAUCGAGAAGAACCAGGGCUGCAACCACAUGUCCUGCAAGUGCCGGUUCGAGUUCUGCUGGAUCUGCCUGGCCGACUGGUACAAGCACGGCGGCGGCGGCGGGGGAUGGUACUACUCGUGCAAUUCGUACGCGGUGCAGAAGGCGGAGGGGAAAUUGGGCGAGGAGGAGAGGAGGCGGGAGUUCGCGAAGCGGCUGGUGGACCGGUACGCGCACUACUUCGAGCGGUGGGCGGCGAAUCGGAAGGCGAGGAAGAGGGCGGCGGAGGAUCUGGAGAAGCUGCGGAGGGAGCAUUUCGCGCAGCUGGUUUCCGACUACGGGCUGGCGGAUUCCGAAUUGAAUUGCGUGGGCAGGGCGUGGAUGCAGAUCAGGGAGUGCCGGCGGGUGCUGGAGUGGACCUAUGUGUACGGGUACUACCUGGCGGAGGAGGUGGAGGAGGAGGGCGGCGGCGGAGGAGGGAGGAAGAAGGUGAAGAAGGAUUUGUUUGAGUUUUUGCAAGGGGAGGCGGAGGUGAGCUUGGAGAGGCUACAUAAGUGCGCGGAGAAGGAUAUUUCCCCGUUUAUUAAGGCCGCCGCCGGCGGCGGCGGCGGCGGGGGAGAACGAGUGGUGGAGGAGGCGGAGAAGCUGGAGUUCUUUGAGUACAGGUUGAAGCUGCAGGAGCUGACCAGUACGACGGGGAACUUCUUCGAGCGGCUGGUGAGUGGGUUGGAGAAUGGGUUGGAGGAUGUGAAGCCGUGA